GGUUUUUUUGGCAAAAGCUUUCAAUCCAAACAACGCCAAAUCCCCAACUUACAUAGCUAUCACACCGACACAUCAUAAUAUCAGAUCUCUCAUUUUCAAUGUUAAAAUUCACUUCUAGGUCACACCUAACAGCGAUACGAUGAUGCAUGAGCGCCCGCCAAUCGUUUGUUCCUCGUUCAGCGUCUCGUGCUUCCACCCGUGUAGACACUGAACACCCUUUUGAUAUGUCGCUCCGUGACCAGAAUUCCUCAGGCCAGCCCCAACGUACUGGUGGUAUCCAGGGUAAACUUGACUCAAUGCAAUCCAAGACAGACUCGGAGAAAAGGGCUUGCUUUGCAGAGAUGUUGGGGAAGCACAAACUCGCUGGCAAACCCGGCUCCGAGGAUCAUCAAGCGGCCAUAGACGCGUCGUUCUCUAGCGCAUAUGGGCGUUUCAGCGGCAUUUAUCGCCCAAAUUUUUCUGGGGAUGCGAGAGGAACUUUAAGUUACUUACCAGAUGUCAAUGAACUCAUUGUACAUCGGAAAUAUGAGACGUCCACGUCACAUCACGUACUUCAAGGUUUCAGUACAUCGGGGUGCGACUGGUUGAUGCUUCCCGGAGAGGGUGCCCGGAAGCAGCAUAGGGUGUCUGAUGGAUUCUCUCAAACGUCGCGAAAUUCUUGAAGAAUUCCUCUUCUGGUACAUUGACUCCUUCCUUCUUCCACUGCUCAGAGUUCGUGUAAGAUGGAGACCUUUUAUCAACACAAAUGUUUCCAGACAACAUUCUACAUCGCGGAGUCAUUCGCAUCUCGGAAGCACAUUCUUUAUUUCCGGCAAGACGACUGAGAAAUCCUCUGUGCACCCCUGAUAGACCGAUUAACUGAGAAGACUUUUCAAGAGAUCGAGAAGGUUAUCAGAUAUACCUAUACCGCAAUUGCAAUAAGGUUGCGCGUGAGA